AUGGACGGAGAGGACUGGGAUGACCGCGAAGCCGGCGGAUUUGGCGGCUUAGGCUCCGCGAUGGGGCGCUCGCCGCGCGGGGACGAGCGCGGGCGCGCGCGCGCGAGCAGAUGGGGUCCAGACAAGCGCGACGGCGGAGAAAGCCGCGACGACAGGGCUGCGCGGGGCGAUGAGCGGCGGGAUCGGGGGGGCGAUAGGCGGACGGAGCGGGGGAGUGAUGGCCGGGGGAAUGGCGGAGGAUGGGGGGAAGACGGGGUGUGGAGGGACGAUCGGCGGGAGCGCGGGCAGGGGUACGGGGACAGGGAGAGGGGGAGGGAGAGGGACAGGGGGGGAGAAAUGGACAGGUGGCGGGACGCGGAGGGGGACGGCGGAAGGGGUCACGCGGGGGAUAGGGGGGCGGGGGGACGGCGCGACGGCGGGGAGCGUGGGGAGCGUCAGCAGCGGCAGGAGCGUCGGGAUAGAGAGGGAUCGGAUGCGGUGCCGGCGCUGUACUCGAUUCAUCACGCGACGGUGCACUCGAUUCGGCCGUUCGGCAUGUUCGUGCGGCUGGAGGGCCAUCGCAAGCACGGGCUCGUGCACCUGUCGCACGUGUCCGAUUACGAGGUGGCUAAGCGGGACGACACCGACGAUGCAAAGGUGGAGGCUCUUAAAGGCGUGGCGGCAGAGGGUGAGCAGGUCUGGGUCAAGGUAAUCAGUCUUAAAGACGAGACCGGCGCUGACGUCAUCGACACGACCCCGGGCCUGCCAGGCUCGGCAAACAUCAGGAUCGGGUGCUCCAUGAAGGUGGUCUCGCAAACGGACGGUGCGGAUCGCGAUCCCAGUAAUCAACGGAUAGGAGGCGGGCAGGGCGGCGGUGGCGGAGAAAUGGACAGGUGGCGGGACGCAGAGGGGGACGGCGGAAGGGGCCAUGCGGGGGAUAGGGGGGCAGGGGGACGACGCGACGGCGGGGAGCGUCAGCAGCGGCAGGAGCGUCGGGAUAGAGAGGGAUCGGAUGCGGUGCCGGCGCUGUACUCGAUUCACCGCGCGACGGUGCACUCGAUACGGCCGUUCGGCAUGUUCGUGCGACUGGAUGGCCAUCGCAAGCACGGACUCGUGCACCUGUCGCACGUGUCCGAUUACGAGGUGGCUAAGCGGGACGACACAGACGAUGCAAAAGUGGAGGCUCUUAAAGGCGUGGCUGCGGAAGGCGAGCAAGUCUGGGUCAAGGUAAUCAGUCUUAAAGACGAGACCGGCGCUGACGUCAUCGACACGACCCCGGGCCUGCCAGGCUCGGCAAACAUCAGGGUCGGGUGCUCCAUGAAGGUGGUUUCGCAAACGGACGGUGCGGAUCGCGACCCGAGUAAUCAACGGAUAGGAGGCGGGCAGGGCGGCGGCAGCAAGUGGAAAGCCCCCCUGAAAUUGGAGCUAGAAGCGGUCUUGAAUGUUACGUGCACGCGGUGUGGGGGGCAGGGGCACUUAAAGACCGAGUGCUAUGGGCCUGUGGGCGCGAGCUAUGAGCUUUUGGCGGAUGAUGCUGGGGAGGAGAGGAUAGCGGUGGACGGAGGAGGGGGUGGGGCGGGCGUUGGGAGAGGCGGUGGGAGGGGUGGCGGUGGCGGUGGUGGGUUGCUGGGAGCUGGGGGUGGUGGGAGAGGGGAGUUUGGGGGAAGAGGGGGGGAUGGGGGGAGAAGGGGGAUGGAUGUGGCUGAUGUGGACCUGAGGGGGAGGGGGAGAGGGCUGGCGAUGACUCAGCCUGCGUGGAUGACAGCUCAGCAAAAAGGGAUGGCGAUUGGUGGGGCGAUUGGGGAUGGUUCUGGGCGUGUGGGGAGUGUGAGGGAGGAGGAAAGGGUUGAUGAUGGAGCGGGGCAGGAAGGAGAGGAGAGGGGAGGGGAGAAGAAGGACAGGAGGGGAGAGAGGGAGGAGAGGAGACGGGAGAAAGAGCGGAAGCGAGAGGAGAAGGCGAAGGAGAAGGAGAAGGGACUGGGGAUAGGGAGUGUGGAAGAUGCAUUGAGGAUUAUUGAAGAGAUGAAGAGGGAGAAAAAGGAGAGGAGGGAGAGGAAGAAAGCACGAAAGGAGGCCAAGAGGGAAAGGAGGAAGAGGAGAGGGGGUGAUGGUAGUAGCAGCUCUGAUAGCAGUGGGAGUGAAAAGAAGCGGGAGAGGAGGAGGAAACGGAGGAGGAAGGAGGAGAGCAGCAGUGAGAGUGAAGGGAGCAGUGGUUCGAGUGACGAGCGGAAGCGGAAGGAGCGGAGGAGUCGUAGAGACAAGAAAAGGGAAUCCCGCCGGCACAAGAGGGAUGCGAGCAGUGAGAGCGAUUGA